UACAACUCCAAACAAUGCUGCAGACCUGCAGUGCCAUGCAGAAGUCAGAACACCUCAACCCCCAAAAGUCCGUUCGAAAUCGUUGCCCCUCAAUACCUAGUAUAUCCCGUGAGCAAGCCAUGGCUGGAGAACACGAACAUGCCUAGGACAUAGGGCACUGGAGGGGAAUCCUGGGUCAUCGUCCACUCGCCUCGUAGACGACAUGCACGAUUAAUUAAUUGCAUCGCACCCGCUCGUCAUUGUCCCGCGUACCGAUUCACCUAUUUAGUCCUCUACCGGCGCUGUGUAAGUCCAACUUUCCACCAAAGAGUCCUUCGUAGGAGUACAAAUGGCGCCGUCAUCAUGAAGCCUCCCUCCCCGUCUCGUUGGUUCGCUCGAGCGAUCCCGAGUGCUUCCCCCUCCGCGUCCAAAUGGACCAGACAAUUCACCCAGUCGGCAGCCAAAUUGGAAAUUCGAAACGCUACCGAGCUGCCUAGUGGGAUCAUCCCUAAUUACCAAGAUACUCACAAUAGCAGCCUGCUAGCUGUGAAAUGGCCUGCGCCGCCUCGGAAUAUUCUUAUCGCGAAGAAGUCAGGUAGCGCGACAUGCACCAAGAGUCUGAUUGCCUUUGCAAAGCAUGUGCAGAGCAACUAUCCUGGCAUCAACAUCAUUCUAGAGCCUCACGAUGCUGCCGAAGUCCAUCGCGACCUGCCGUUCCCGGUGUAUACCGCCUAUGACCCGUCGCAUCCUGAUAGCCUCCCGACUACAUCGACGACGGAAUCCCUACCGACCCCGGAAAGUGCAGCCGAGUUUCCAAGCUCAUUGUUGAACCACAUCUACCAGUCCAAGACCGACCUCAUCGCAACGUUGGGUGGAGAUGGCACCAUCUUGCAUGCCACAUCUCUCUUCAGCAGCUCACCACGAGUCCCACCAUUGAUUCCCUUUAGUAUGGGGACGUUGGGUUUCCUUGGGUCGUGGUCCUUCGACGAUCACAAGCGUGCAUUCCGCGAAGUCUACGUCUCUGGUUCACAUUCACCAGCUCGUCCGGCCCUCGAAGGCGCCGGCGUCUAUGGCAAGCAAGCCGAUUCUUCCGGGCCCCGUUCUCACAGUACUCCUUCGGACGAGAGCCACGCCGGUCAGGAUGGCCAGGGCGAUGAGGGCUGGACUGCAGCACCCGGGAUGGCGAUGGGAGCGCGUCCUGCAUACGUGCUCCCCCGAAGCCGCCUUCAAGUCUCUAUUCAAACCACCGACACUUCCUUCACUAUGCCAGCUGCGGAGGCGAAAACGUCUCCGACGAUGUCCCCACCCUCCCAGCAUCCGUCUCUCACCCCAUACCUCCGUCCCAGCAACUACACCAUCUCUCCAUUAACCACCAAGCCGCCCCUACCCUCCGAUUCCCCCCGCAAUUUCCCCACCCUCCCCAGCCUGACCCCGUACGCUAAAACCGCCCACCACCUCCCCUGCAACUCCGACUUCCCGUCCGCGGAGCUCACCUCCACUCCCUCCCAUCCCCAAGCCCUCUACGCUCUCAACGAGCUCUCCCUCCACCGUGGCCGCUCCCCUCACCUCGCCGUCCUCUCCCUCUCCAUCCGCACGCCCUCCUCCGCCCGCUCGCAGUUCCUCACCUCCUUCAUCGGCGACGGCGUCAUCGUGUCCUCGCCCACCGGCUCCACCGCCUACUCGCUCAGCGCCGGGGGCGCCAUCGUGCAUCCCGCCGUGCGCAGCCUCCUCAUCACCCCUAUCUGUCCCCGUAGCCUAUCGUUCCGCCCGCUGGUGCUCCCCGCUAACGCGGAGGUGGAGAUCCGGCUGGGCGCGGGCGGGAGGGGUAGCGUGGGGUUGGAGGUGGACGGGGUGCGGAGGGGGAGGCUCGCGGAGGGGAUGGUGGUCAGGGUGAAGGGGGAGGAGUUGGGGAAUGGACCUGGAGAGCAUGUUGGGACGGCGGGAGGGGUCCCGUGUGUGAUUCGCGGGAUGGGAAGGGGUGAUGAUGGGGAGGGAGCAGAGGAGUAUUGGGUGGGUGGGUUGAAUGGGUUGUUGAAGUUCAAUCAUGCUUUUGGCGGCCAUUGA